GUUUGGGUUUCUCUAAAAGCAGGUUUUUCACGAAAGAAAGAAUAACUAAACGGCUUAGUUUUGAAAUUUGAAUUUCGAAAAACCUCUCUCACGUUGAAGAACGCUGCUGCAUCCAACCCCACCUCGACCCAACAAAACCCCCAAAUCUCGAUUUUUCAUCGCUGUCUCAUUCACCACCCUCAUAUCCUAUCCGUUUAUUACAUAAAGCAACACGAGACAAGCCAACCUUGUAAUAUAAAUCCAAACGACACAACAUCAUAAUCACACAUAUUUCACCCCUCAUCUCAACUUCUUUUCAAUUCUCGCAUUUCGGAAUCAGAUAUGGAAGAACCCGUCAUGGAACCACAACCCUCCGCUGCUGCUUCCUCUGGGAACACCACCAGACUCAGGCUUCAGAAGUAUGCGCUCCGAUCUGUCAAUAAAUCGAAGGAAGACAAGUCAGAAACUCCCAAUUGCUCCAAUCCUACUUCUGAAACCAAGAGGGGGAGAAGUGUAGGUGCUUCAAGUGUAAGUAAAAGUGUGAGUGUUCUUGAUUUUUCUGGCAAGGACAAGUCUGGUAGUGCCAAGCCACCAAGAAGGCUCUCAAUUCCUGCCAAAACACCAGCCACUUCAAGACCCAAGCUGGGUGGCAACAUUAUCCCAAUCACUGAGACUACAACUGGGAGGAAUGCUUUUGGUCAAGGCAGAAGCAAAACACCAAUUUCUGACAUUUCCAAGACAUCUACCCGAACCAAGUUAAAUCUCCUAACUUCGGCUUCGUAUUGGUUAAACCAGAUCAAACUCUCUGAAUCUGCCGCCAAGCACUCAAUUUCGCUUGGUUUCUUCAAACUAGCUUUGGAGGCAGGAUGUGAGCCUCUCGGGCCAAUGCAAGAAGGGCUAAAAUCAUAUGUGGGGAGACAUCAGCUUGAUGGCCUUGAAGAAACUGUGAAAGCAUUGUUUGAGAGCUAUAACAUCUCAGAAAGCAUGGAGCAGUUGCAGGUGUCUGAGACAAUUUCACAUGUGCCAGAAGAGGGUACUCGCUCUUCUGAUGAUGAUGUGCAUAGCUCUUCUUCUACCGUGGGGACUAGAAAAUUGAAACCAAAGUGCUUAAACACUGAUUCUGCUCAACUCACACCUUCAACAGAGUCAACAAAGAAGGAGACAAGUCAAAAGAGUAAUCCUGGAUCCAGGUUGAGAGGGAAUCUCAGCACAAACACUACAACUCCAAGGUCUGCUCUAGACAACAGGAAUAAUAGGUUGGUUAAAAAAUCUGAGAAGCCAAGCAAGCAAGAACCAAAUAAGGAAAAGGGCAUGGUAAAGAGGCAGGGAAAGAAAUCUGAUGUUAAAGUUACUGCUAGCACUCCAAAGGGAGACAAAGAAAAUAUGGAAACUCCGACCACUGAAGAGAACAGUGUGACAGAAGUGGUGUAAUCAAUCUCAUGAGCUUGCAAUUCUGAAAUUUUGUGAUUCCCAACUUUGAAGUUUGCCUAGGGUGUUCUCUGUGUGGAGCGUGCUUUUGUAUUAUUGUAUAGGCUGCAUUUCUCUUCGCUUGGUCACUUGGCAUAAUUUGUGUUUGUGUUUGUGUCUAUAGAGGAUUCCAUAUUAUUUGUGAAGGCAAAAGAUUUAAUUCGAUAUAAAACUUUAUUUUCUUCUGUAUUAGUUUACGAGAAUCUAUUUUCUGA